AUGCCCAAUAAUAUUACUGCUACUAGCCACAAAUCCUCUCCCGUUCAUCAUUCCCUAACUUUACAACUUGUUUCCAUCACCAAAGAUCCGGACACAAACUUUAUUCUCGGACACAGCCACUUUAUAAAAACAGUUGAAGAUUUGCAUGAAACCAUCUUCUCUACCAAUCCAAAUAUCAAAUUUGGAAUUGCAUUUUGUGAAGCAAGUGGAAAGUGUUUGAUUAGAACUUCAGGAAAUGAUCAGAAAUUGAUUGAAAUGGCAAUUCUCAAUGCAAACUUGUUGAGAGCAGGACAUACUUUCAUAAUCAUGAUUGAGAAUGGAUUUCCAGUUAAUAUUUUGAAUUCUAUUAAGAAUGUUCCAGAAGUUUGUAGAAUUUACUGUGCCACUGCUAAUCCUACACAAGUCAUUGUGUGUCAAACUGAACAGGGAAGAGGAUUGAUGGGUGUAAUUGAUGGAUCAGAGUCGAAAGGAGUAGAAACUGAAGAUGAUGUAAAGGACAGAAAGGAAUUAUUAAGAAAUAUUGGUUAUAAAUUGUAA